AUGGCUCGCGAGGAACUGUUUUGCAAGUUGAAAGCCGAUUACGUGGUCCCUGGUGGUAUGACCGGCAGAAUACUUAAAUGGUUUGAUGUACUCAAUCUGGUGACAGCAGGCAACUUUGCGUGGAGCCUGACCACUGCACGCUACCAUGCUGAAGCCGAGGAUGCGUAUCCAGGGCUGCGGGCUGGAAAUCAAAAGAAGCUGCCAGGCUAA